AUGCAUGGAUCGGCGGAGUAUCCAACAUCUCUUCACGAAGGUGUUGCCAUGAUUUCUUCUGAAGCAAUUCUGCAAGUCUUCUGUGGGGCUACACCUCGACUCUUCUACCCUAACCCUUGUUCCAACUUAUUAACAUAUUCUCAUGGAUCCAUCACAAAAUGUAAAAAGAGAAGCCGCUCAAAUGCCAUUCGAUUCUUCAGGUGCUCAAAUGUUCAUACUUGUCGCCAGUUUCCUACAACUCCGAGCAUCCAUCGUCAAAACUUCCAAAAUCGACGAUCAUAUCAGCAUUUAAGUUGUAAAUGCCAAACUUCCGAAAGUGUUAGUGGAUUAACCGCCGAAGAUGCAAACGAUACAUGGGUUAUGGAUAAUCCCAAACAGUUCAACACUAUUCAAGACACAAAUCAUCCACCAAACCUGUCGGAUUCAAAGGACAUCCAUAAAUUGAAGAAAGAAAAGGACGAUUCAACAUCCGACACGAUUGAAGACGAAGCAUGGGACUUACUUCGUGAUUCAAUAGUAAACUAUUGUGGUAGUCCUAUUGGUACAAUAGCCGCAAAAGACCCCACAAGCUCUAGUGUACUUAACUACGAUCAAGUUUUCAUUCGCGACUUCAUACCUUCUGGUAUAGCUUUCUUACUAAAAGGGGAAUACGACAUUGUCCGCAGUUUCAUCCUUCACACACUUCAACUCCAAAGCUGGGAGAAAACAAUGGAUUGCCAUAGCCCUGGGCAAGGAUUAAUGCCUGCAAGUUUCAAGGUCCGUACAGUACCCCUUGAAGGAGACGAGACUGCAACAGAAGAAGUUCUAGACCCUGAUUUCGGAGAGGCUGCAAUUGGCCGUGUUGCCCCUGUGGAUUCCGGGUUAUGGUGGAUUAUACUGUUACGCGCAUAUGGGAAAAGUUCCGGAGAUUUAUCACUCCAGGAAAGAAUCGAUGUUCAAACUGGAAUCAAGAUGAUUCUAAAGCUAUGUCUUGCUGAUGGAUUUGAUAUGUUUCCUACUUUAUUAGUAGCAGAUGGACCUUGUAUGAUCGAUAGGCGUAUGGGGAUUCAUGGUCACCCUCUUGAAAUCCAAUCUUUAUUUUAUUCUGCUUUAUUAUGUGCACGAGAGAUGCUUGCACAAGAAGAAGGGUCGACAGACUUGAUUAUAGCUUUAAACAAUCGUCUUGUUGCAUUAUCUUUUCAUAUAAGAGAAUAUUACUGGAUAGAUAUGAAAAAGCUUAAUGAAAUCUAUCGAUACAAGACUGAAGAGUAUUCUUACGAUGCUGUUAAUAAGUUUAACAUUUAUCCAGAUCAAAUCUCUCCAUGGUUAGUGGAAUGGAUGCCGAAUAGAGCAAAAUGGGCGGAUUUAGUGGCAGAUAUGCCUUUCAAGAUUUGUUACCCUGCCCUUGAAGGUCAAGAAUGGCAAAUUAUCACGGGUUCUGAUCCUAAGAACACACCUUGGUCAUACCACAAUGGAGGUUCAUGGCCUACUUUACUCUGGCAGCUUACAGUGGCAUGUAUCAAGAUGGGAAGGCCAGAAAUAGCAGAAAGAGCAGUGAAGAUAGCAGAAGAGAGAUUGACUAAAGACAAAUGGCCUGAAUAUUAUGACACCAAAAGAGCAAGAUUUAUAGGGAAACAAUCGCGUUUGUUUCAGACAUGGACAAUUGCAGGAUAUCUUGUGGCAAAAUUAUUGCUUAAGGAUCCUACUAAAGCCAAGAUUUUGAUGAAUGAUGAGGAUUCUGAACUUGUGAAUGCGUUUUCUUGCAUGACCACUUCUAACCCACGUAAGAAACGGGGUCCAAAGAGCUCCCAGAAGACGUACAUUGUAUGAGAUUCUAUUCUGGUUAAGUUUGUUUGUUUUUAGGUGUAGAUUGUAUAGCAAGUGUCAGCCAUCAUUGAGCCAUUUUUAGUCAUUUGUGAUUGGAGUUUAUGAGUCGAACAUAUAAGUUGAACAAUGAACACAGAAGUAUACUUCGGUAUAUAAUUUAUUCAAAAACCUGCCAAGGAUUUUAAUGCGUUGA